ACAUGAUUCAGCAGGCUUGAAGCUGGUGUUGUUCCUCUGAGUGGAAAAUCCCCGUCCAAUAACAAAAAUGUCAUCAGGGUUCAUCAUGCACUGCUGGUUCCUGCCAAUGAAGACAAGAUUCAGCAGCUGUUCAGCUAAUGUAAAUCCCUACUCAAAAUGAUACUGUUACCAACUUUAAAAGGGAUGUCACUGGGCAUACUGAUCCAAGAACAGCUUGCCUUAUCCUAAAGUGACAUUGUUGAGAUAUAUGAGACUUGCUCUGCACUGAACCAUUUCAUAAGGAAGAACUGUGGAGUAUUAUCUAGGACCCAGGUGGUGCUUUAUGUUUACUUUGUUUUGCAAGAUUUUUCGCAACAUUUUUUAUGCAAUGUUUUAUUUGUCAAAAUGCCUGACAGAAGCAUCGAAAUGUCAAAAUGAACUGAAAGAGGGAAUAUUGUUUUAUCUCAGUGACGAGCACAAAUUGAGAGCUCAGGUUCGAUGGAGGCACUUGACUUUGUUUUUAUAUUAUAUUUUAUAUUCACACUGAUGUGUUCGCUUUGCGUGCUUCGACAACAUUCAUGAACUAUGGCUAAGGUUUUGAUGACAAUGAUUGAAAAGGCUAAAGGCUGGACUUUUUCUGUAUGACGUAUAUCAAUUUCAACAGUACAAAGUUACACAUUACUGUAUGUGGUAGAUUGAUUGCAAGAGAUUUAACAAGAUUUACAUUUACAACUUUACUGUUUGUACUGUAAUUUGUUGACAGACGAUGUCAUUGCGAUACAGAAAAGAAAAAGACAAGACUGUUUUACAGCACUGCAGUCUCGGCUAAGGAUUUUAAGUAAGUUAUGGGGUUUUACAGGUAAUCCAUUGGGUGCUGCUGUUUGUACGAAUUGUUUCGAAAAAUGCACUUACUGUUCUGCAAAUGUUAGGGAUGAUUCAAGAAAUGUACCAAAGCAACUGAGAAAAACUGCAAAGCUGCAUGAAUUGCUUUUUUUGGCAGUUGCACAGUGAGUUUAUGAGACAUUUAUUCACUGAAAAUAGCUGCCUUGUUUGGCUGGAAUGAUGAAAAACAGUGAGACUGAAUCAAAACAGUAACGUUCUUGGCCGUAAGAUGAAAACAAUAAGCUAAAAGAUGCUAAAAUGCUCUAUAGAGCUCAUGAGAACUGCAAAGUUUAGUGAUAAUUCUCUGUGGGACGAGGGACCCCUUUCACAUUAUUGUCAUUUGAUCCAUUGUUAUUAUGAAAACAUUGAUUAGUGCAGCUUUAAAUAGAAAAUCCCGACCUGGAAUGUUUUAAUAUUUUACUGUGAGCAUGCUCAGUAAAAAAAUGAAAUACAGAAAAAUACCAAAUGAAGUAAAGCAGCUGUAAAUGUGACACAUCUUAACUAGUUGCAAUCCAGUUUAUGUGGGAAGAGGAAUAUGCUGUAAAUCUGCAAAGAUGUCUGGUGAAAGAGAACAGACAAUGCACACGAUAGAGGAAUGAUUUAACACUCAUGUAUCAACAAGAUCCUGACAGUUUACUGGAAUAAUAAUCACCCCCUCACUUAUUCACCCCCAUGACGAUCUUUUGUGCUGUUCAUUCCUGCUCUUCCUCAAACGUUAUGCCAUCAGUUUCACAACAUUUUGUGGCUCCAUGCUAUCCACGUUUUGCCUCUUUUAUAACAAGGCACUACAUUUCUGUCAAUAAGCUGUAUUGUUGCUGUUCCACACCGGGCAGCAGAUGCAUUGUCAACAGUUUUUCAUAAAGCUGGCAUGCAUACCAGUACCACAGAAUAAAAUGUGAAGCAGGAACUACUGUCACAUUGACACCCAGUGAGCUCAAGCUGGCUUCCUGUUGUCACUGGAUUUUCUCUCCUAUGAACACUCUUACUCAAUAUACUUUUAAGGUUUUCUCUUCACACGCAGUCUUCAAAGCAAAGAGAGAAGCUUGGGAGUCAACAGUAGAUCAGUCAAGGUGUACAAUAGAUGGAAAUUGGUAAACCUUUGGAGUGGAUUGAUCGUUGCCGCCUUUUAAAAAAAAAAAGAUCAGCAGUUUAAGGUUUGUGUCAGAUUCACAGCUGCCGAAGCCGAACUCUGAUUCAUUAGAGGCUUUCCUGAUGGCAUCCAAUAUCACCACCACCACCACCUCCCAGCCGUCCUCUAUGUCCAUCAGCGCCCAGGUCGGCAUCGCCAUCCUGACCCUGGCGUUUGUGCUGGGCUUCCCCGGGAACCUGUUUGUGGUUUGGUCGGUGUUCUGCCGGGUGAAGAAACGCUCAGUGACCUGUUUGUUGGUGCUGAAUGUGGCUAUGGCGGAUGCUUUCGUGCUGCUCAGCGCCCCUCUUUUCCUGCGCUACCUGGCUGGCGGACGGGGCUGGGAGUUUGGCUCGGCCGCAUGCAAGCUGGUGCAUUACCUGUCAAGUGUGAACAUGUAUGUGUCCAUUUACCUCAUCACCCUGAUGAGCAUAGACCGCUGGCUGGCCGUAAAUAGGCCUUUUCUGUCCCAGAGAAUGAGAACCAAGCACUCCCUGCUGAUUGUACUGCUGGUGGUCUGGGUGUUAGCGUUCCUCCUGUCACUGCCGAUGCCUUUCUACCGAAGUAAUCUGAAGGAGACCCCAUCAGACAAUAUCAGUCAUUGUAUCCCAUACCACUGGGGGAGCACGGGUCACCGGGUCUUCCAGUACCUGUUUGAGACCAUCAUGGCCUGCCUGUUGCCUUUCUCCCUCAUCAACACCUGUUACUCCUCCGUCAUCUGCCGUCUGCAAAGCGCCAAGUUCCAGCGCAGAGAACAAGGCAGCCGCCUCAUCCUGCUAAUCAUCUCCGCCUUUGCAGUAUUCUGGCUGCCCUAUCACAUCGUCAACAUCAUAGAGGUGGUCGGUCUGUUGAAGGGCAGUGAUCCAGUGAUCGACGCUGCCGUUGCAGCCCGUCCAAAUGUCACUGCCUUCGCCUUCUUCAGCAGCGCUGUCAACCCCAUUCUCUAUGUGUUCGCCGGCAGCUCCCACAUCCGCCAGGCCGGCCUCAGUUUCAUGGGCAAGCUCUUCGAGGCCACCAACUCGGAAAGCAGGGGCACGUCUACCCGUAGCGGCCGCAUGAGCCGCAGCAGCUCUUCACCAGAUGAAAGCUCUGUCCUGCACACACUCUUGAUCAAACUGGGAAGUCCUUUCAAAAGCAAGAACAAGGACAGGAGCAGCAAUGUGGCAGGCAAAGAGGUUGAUCAGCCUGAACUCAAGACUUUGGCCAGUGUUGAGAUGAUAUAAUAGUUUUUCCUACUUUCCCCAACUCGUUGAUUAGACACAGACUGUGUUGACUCGUAAUUUGCAUCAUCAAGCUUUACUUACGUGACUUUUAUAUCUGGGAAUAUUUCAACAACUAUUGGAUGGAUUUCCAUGAAAUUUGGUACAAAAAUAAAAUAAGAUGAAUCCUAAUGACUUUGCCACUAGAGAAUGGAAAUGUUCACUUAUCCAAUGAAAUAUCUUAACAUCUAUUUGAUGGAUUGGUGCCCAAUUUUGUACAGACAUUCAUGGUCCCCAGGUGAGGAAUCCUAAUGACUUUGGUGAUCUUCUGACAUUUCCUGUAAAGCCACCACAAGGUUAACAUUUGUGGUUCUGAAUGAAAUGACUCGUCAAUAUUGGAUUGAUUGCCAUGAAAUUUGGUACUCACAAUAACAUUUCCCUCAGGAUAGACCACAAGAAAUGUACCCUAACUUACCCUGGUACCAUUAUCAGAUGUAAUGUAAUGUAAUUUGUCCUGUACUUUUAUUUAUGACCAAAUACCUGCAAAACUGAUUCCCAUCAGCCUCAGCUGUACUUUCUGUUUAGUGCUAAAUAUUGAAUGUUUGCAUGCUAACACGCUAAGCUAAGAAUGUGAACAUUAACUCAAAUCACCAAUGUGACUAAGUAGCAUGGCUGUGUCAAAAAAGGUGUUCACAGAUAAAAAACACCUUUUCUACAUGGCUAAGUCUAAAAAACAAUGUUUGACUUAGCUAUGGCAGUGACUUAAUAAUACAUAAUAAUUGAUGUAUAUUUGGCUAUUUAAAUGAUCAGAUAUAUUUUGGAUGUGUGAGAAUAUUGUUUUACAUU